CCGUGUGCGGGGCGCGGCAGGGGCGAGGGUCCCUUGCUGUGGCCGCUUCGAAGCAUUGGUGUGUGCAGGCGCCCCGCCCCCCGAGUAGCCAAUGGCGGGGCCGGGCCGGCGUGACGCAGCUCCCCGCCGCCUCGCCGCGCCGCACGUGAGCCGCCCCGCCACCCCGCCUCGCCCCGCGCCGGCUCGGCCCGCGGCCCCUCAGUUAAGUGAUGGCUCCCGUCGUGACAGCGUCGUUGCCUCGUUCUCUCGCCACGUGUGUCAGUGCUCACAGGUACUCGCGGGCAUGCUGGGGCCUCAGCCGCAGCCCGCUGCUCGGCGUGCAGGCGAGGCUCAAGUCCACGCCCGCCGCCGCCCUGGUGGAGGAGAACACGGCCGUGGAGGCGCCGCCGCACGAUGACAACCACCGGGAAGAGCUUGACCUGACCUUCUGUGACCACCAGGCGGCCUUCCGCAGCAAGACCAACGCGGAGGUGGUGCGGGCGCUGCUGGUCUUCAAGAUGUGCGGCAUCCCCUACCUGGUGAAGAACAACGAGAAGCUCUUGAAACUGGGCAGGACGGUCUUCGGGAAACGGCUCUUCGCGGCGAUUAUGAAGGCGACUUUCUAUGGCCACUUUGUCGCCGGGGAAGACCAGAUCAAGAUACAGCCGGUCCUUGAGAAUCUGAGGUCCUUUGGCGUGAAGAGUAUACUUGAUUAUUCCGUGGAGGAGGAUAUCAGCCCGGAAACGGCGGAGAAGCGUGAGAUGGAGUCUUGCUUGCCGUGGUCAACCAUUGAGGAGGAUAUUUUAUGGGGCUGCGAAUCUAAGGCGGAGGGGUCCAACGUGCUGGAGAGGUACACGCCGCAGAGGAAGUUCGCCGACCGCCGCUAUCAGGUGUCAGGAGCCAGGACCUACUUUUACGUGAAUGAGGCCCAGUGCGAGAAGAACAUGGAGACCUUUAUUGACUGUAUCGACGCUGUAUCAGACGCAACCAAAGGGACGGGCUUCGCGGCCAUCAAGAUGACCGCGUUGGGCCGCCCGCAACUGUUGAUGCAGCUUUCCGAGGUCAUCUUCCGCACAAGGCAAUACUUCACCCAGGUCACGGGGGUCAGCGGGCCAAUCCUCUUCUCCGACAUCCACACCGACGUCUUCGAGAAACGGUUCCGCGAGGAGAACAUCUUAUCCGAGAACCCGGCGAUCCAUGAGUGGCUGGAUAACAUGACCUAUGACACCAAGGGACUCAUUCACCUCUUCUCCUGGUCCGGCCUCAUCGACACUAACAUCCUCCUGAGUGACCUGUUUCGAGUCCCCAACCUGAACAGUGGUCAAAUGGAACCUCUCAUCUCUGCUCUUACGAGGGAGGAGGAGGAGAUGUUUAAGAAUAUGAUGAGGCGCCUGCACACCAUCUUCCAGUACGCCAGAGCAAGAGAUGUGAGGGUCAUGGUGGACGCAGAGCAGACGUACUUCCAGCCGGCCAUUUCCCGCCUCACGCUGGAGAUGAUGAAGAAGUAUAACCAGGAGAAGGCCAUCGUCUUCAACACCUACCAGUGCUACCUGAAGGAGACGCUCAACAACCUCUCCCUCGACCUGGAACAAGCUUACAGACAAAAGUUUUUCUUCGGUGCCAAGCUUGUGAGAGGGGCCUACAUGGAACAGGAGCGUGCCAGAGCAGUGGAGCUUGGUUAUGAGGACCCCGUCAACCCCAGCUUUGAUGCCACCACCCAGAUGUACCACGACUGUCUGGAGGAAUGCCUCAGACGCAUCAAAUUCAAUAAGUCUUUCGGCGAUACUCAGAAGAUCGCCAUCAUGGUCGCCUCCCACAACGAGGAGACGGUUGGCUACACGGUCAACAAGAUGAGGGAGUAUGGCAUCCACCCGCUGGACCGAGUCAUCUGCUUCGGCCAGCUGCUGGGAAUGUGCGACCACAUCUCCCUGCCGCUGGGUCAAGCUGGUUACUCGGUGUACAAAUAUGUUCCCUACGGCCCGGUUAACGAGGUCUUGCCGUACCUGUCGAGGCGUGCUACGGAGAACAGUUCCAUCCUCGUCAAGCUGGAGAAAGAGAAGAAGCUGUUGAAGAAGGAGCUGUGGAGACGCAUAUCCCAUGGGCAGAUCUUUUACAGGCCACAAGGGAAUUACACCCCCGUGGGCGCCCAACCGCAGAACUGAGGUGCGGGGGGCGAGGGGGGGCUGUGAGUAUGUCUGCUGCUCUGGCGUCAAGCACAUUGAUGGACCUGUUCCGUUCUCUUCCUUUUCUGUCGGGUCACGUGAAGGUGUUUUCCGGUGUUACGGUUUCAAGGUUACGAGUCUGAUUUUAAGGCAAAGGGACAUCGACCUUCACCACUCUGUUUUCCGAGUAUGUUUUUUAAUUAUUCUCAUUCUUUCGCUGUUGUGUUCCAAGCCAGACGUCCUUUUUUUUUUUAGCCAGCAGAAGGAGGAGGCGGAGAAUGAGGUGUCCGUCUGUCUGUUGGGGUCUGGGUUAGGGUCUCAUGGUUGUAUAAAUUGCUCUUAGUAAGGUGGGUGCGUCGCUGCCCACCCACCUUUCUGUCCAGUCACGUCAUGAAGCGAGUGGAUGUUUGCGAAUGUUGUGGAUGCUUGAACCUGUGCCCAGUGGUGUCCGAGAAGGUACUUGGGAUGUGCGACUUAUUCUGAACUGCAGCUCUGCGCGUCUGUACAUGUGUUUUCUAGUUUAACCUUCCAUAUAGUAACUCUUGUAUUCUGGAUUUUACGAUGUCCAUUUUUCACUAUUUCAAGUACGAGGGUAUCGAUGUUUGGUCAUGUUUAAUCCACCAGUCAAUUUCCAGUGAUUUAAUUUUCUCCGACUUUUUUUGUGGAUUUUGUCAACUCGUCCGACGGCAUUUCGUACUUGGUUGAAUGUCGCAAUGUUCUGAAUGUCGUCACGUCUCAAUGUCCAGCGUAUACGUGUGAUGUGAAUGCUUUCCUUUGAGCAUUUAAUUGGUGAGAUAAUGUAUGUUGGAAGGCUGCUGGGUCAGGCCAUAAGUGGGAGAGUCAGGUCAUAUUAUGUGUGAUGAGAAUUCUUUCCUCCAAACAUUUAAUUGGUGAGAUAAGGUAUGUUGAAAGGCUGCUGGGUCAGGCCGUAAGUGGGGGGGUCAGGUCAUAUGUGUGAUGUGAAUACUUUCCUCUGAAAAUUAAAUUGGUCGGAUAAUGAGUGUUGGAAGGGCAAGAUUCAGGCUGCUGGGUCAGGCCAUAAGUGGGAGGGUCAAGUCAUAUUAUGUGUGAUGUGAAUUCUUUCCUCCGAACAUUAAAUUUGUGAGAUAAUGAGUGUUGGAAGGGCAAGAUUCAGGCUGCUGGGUCAGGCCGUAAGUGGGGGAGUCAGGUCACUUUGGGGUAAGAUUCAAACUGCAGGGUCGGACUCGGCUAAGGUGCAGAGGUCAACUUUGGUAAUUUAUAUAAAACGGAAAAGAAAGACGAAUUGAAAGCACAGUAAAAAGAAGGAGAGAAAAAAAGCAAUAAAGAAGGGAAGGAAAGAUGUCAGUUAGUUAAUGAAGAUGAAGAAGAGAAGCAAGGAGGAGGAAUAGAAGGAAUAGAAAACAAUAAAAAAAAUGAUAAAUGAGAAAGAAGAAAGUCGGAUAACUAUAGCAAUGAAGAUGAAGAGAAGCAAGGAGGAGGAAUAGAAGGAAUAAAAACAAUUAAAAAAAAAAAUAUUAAUAAGAGAGAAAGAAGAAAGUCAAAUAACUAUAGCAAUUUAAUGAGGAGAAUUUAUAUGUGUGUGUGUGUGUGUGUGUGUGUGUGUGUGUGUGUGUGUGUGUGUGACAAUGUGCAAUGCUCUGAAGGUCACCCCAAAACAGUAUUCUUGCAAUGUCCGACAGGUUAGAAAUGCCGUCAAAAUGUACAGUUCCGACGAUCUAAUGUGAUACAAUGAGAGGCUUUGAGUCCACCUGCGCUUCGCCGAUUCACCACAAGCUUCUGGAAACCACGCAUUGCCUCGUACCAAAAAACCAUUGAAAAAAAAACCCUAAGAUUCCUGCCAUGAGUUAACUGUUCUCUCGGACCCGUGCUGCGUUGUCCUUUCCAUGUUGUGCCGAGAGCUGCAAUAACGUUCUUGUAUGAUAAUGACUUCCUCCGCUUGGUUUGUAGCUUAAUGGCACUUUCAUUCCACGUGCUUGGUUCCUUUCUGGCUAACAAGGAGUGUGUGUGACUGUGUGUGUGUGUGUGUGUGUGUGUGUGUCUCCUCUCUGGUUAACAAGGAGUGUGUGACUGUGUGUGUGUGUGUGUGUGUAUGGCUCCUCUCUGGUUAACAAGGAGUGCAUGUGACUGUGUGUGUGUGUGUGUGAUGUACGUAAAGAGAGAGAGAGAGAGAGAGAGAGAGAUGGAGGAGAGAGAAAUCAAUGAGGAAAAAGGAGAAAUAGAUGAUGAGAGAGAAAGAUACAAAGAGAGAGAGAGAGAGAGAGAGAGAUAACCGUAAAAAGACAGAUAUAAUGAUGAAAGAAAUAUUGAAAAAGAAAAAAAAGAAAUAUAGUUAAAAAAAGAGAAAUACUUUAGACAAAUAGACAAAUGGCUUGCACAAAGAACAGGGUGACGCACAAGGCUAAGGUAGGCUAUUCAUGGCGUGUGUGUGUGUGUGUGUGUGUGUGUGUCGUGCGAUGUCGGACAGUCCGCCAGCGAGGGUAUUGAUUUGAUACAUCGCAGAGGAAGGGACGUUUGUGUGUGUGUGUGCGUAUGUGGGUUGUGCCGCCAGUGAGGGUGUUGAGCGUAGACGUAUCACAGAGGAAGGGACGCUUGUGUGUGUGUAUGUAUGUGUGUUAUGAGAGAGCCUCGCAUAGCAGUCAAGCGAGGGUGUUGGGCAUGCACGUAUCGCAGAGGAAGGGACAUUUUUUCUGUGUGUGCGUAUGUGUGUUGAGGCGUGUACAGCAGUCCGCCGGCGAGUGUGUUGGGCGUAAACGUAUCACAGAGGAAGGGACGUUUGUGUGUGUGGACGUAUGUGUGCUGUUGCGUGCAUAGGAGUCGGCCAGGGGAUGUUGCGCGUAAAUGUAUCACAGAGGAAGGGACGCUUGUCUGUGUGUACGUUUGCGCCAGCGAGGGUGUUGGGCGUGCACGUAUCACAGAGGAAGGGACGCUUGUCUGUGUGUACCUAUGCGCCAGCAAGGGUGUUGGGCGUGCACGUAUCGCAGAGGGAGUUACGUUCAUCCCCUUCUUGUACGGUAAUAGUUAUGUAUAGUCAGUGCGUCUGGAUAUGUUACCGGAUUUUAAGGUUGGGUUUUUGUUCCUACACUAUUUAGCAUUACUAGUGAAUGGAGAUUUAGUUGACAUAUCCUUAGUUAACAUUGGGAACAAGAAUGGCCCCUUGACGAAGACUAAAUUUACGAGGCUGGACUUUCAUGGUUCUGAUGGAGGUAAAAUGAUUCAGUUUAUGGGAUUAAGUUGUUUAAGUGAUUCCGUUACGACACAGCCAUUUGGGGUUACGCUACAGAAGUCAAUGUGAAAACCCAAGACUGAAUUUACGAGGCUGGGCUCUUAUUAAAGGUUCUGAUGGAGGUAAAAUGAUUCAGUUCGUGGGAUUAAGUUGUUUAAGCGAUUCCGUUACGAGACAGCCAUUUCGGGUUACAUUACGGACGUUAAUGUGAAAGCUGAAUUUACGAGGCUGGAACAAGAAUGGCCCUUUACGAACGCUAAAUUUACGAGGCUGGGCUCUUAUUGAAGGUUCUGACGGAGGUAAAAAGAUUCAGUUCGUGUUUCUGAGUUGUUUAAGCGAUUCCGUUGCGAGACAGCCAUUUGGGGUUACAUUACGGAGGUCAAUGUGAAAACCGAAGACAGAAUUUACGAGGCUGGAUUUUUUUUAAGGUUCUGACGGAGGUAAAAAGAUUCAGUUCGUGUUUCUGAGUUGUUUAAGUGAUUCCGUUGUGAGACAGAGCCAUUUGGGGUUGCGUUACGGAGGUCAGUGUGAAAACCGAAGACAGAAUUUACGAGGCUGGACUUUUUUGAAGGUUCUGACGGAGGUAAAAAGAUUCAGUUCGUGUUUCUGAGUUGUUUAAGCGAUUCCGUUGUGAGACAGAGCCAUUUGGGGUUGCAUUACGGAGGUCAGUGUGAAAACCGAAGACAGAAUUUACGAGGCUGGACUUUUUUGAAGGUUCUGACGGAGGUAAAAAGAUUCAGUUCGUGUUCCUGAGUUGUUUAAGUGAUUCCGUUGCGAGACAGAGCCGUUUGGGGUUGCAUUAUGGAGGUCAAUGUGAACUGCACCGAAAAAUGUGCUUUGGUUGAGGGCGAACAUUGCUUUCGGUUGUAUGGUCGGUGGUGGAGUCAUAGCUGAAAACAGAGAAUCAGACUUAAAAAAAAGACAUGUGUGUGUGUGUGUGUGUGUGUGUGUGUGUGUGUGUUGCAGCGUCCUAUUAACGGGCCUCGAGUUGUUCGCAGCCGACGGAAAGUGUUGUAAGCUAGUGUAGGUGUUGAGUGGACGUUGAAUGUUGCUUAUAAUGGGAAGUGUUGCGGGCGGGUGUGUAUGUGUGUGUGUGUGUGUGUGUGUGUGUCAUAGGGCCAGUUCAAUAGUCCACCAGUGUCAUUGUAAGCCCCCAAAUUGAACCCUAUUCCCCACAAUGAUGCUUUUUACUCUGCCCAAAUGCCUGAUUUUAAUAAAGAGAUCAACUGUUUGGCUUUCUGAAAUUCCCUCCUACUUUUCACAUUAACAUCCAACACACUAGACUAAGAACGGUACUAGUGUUUUGUGUUCUGUUGGGGAGCUUGCAAUAUGCUGGAGUGGUCAGGGUUCUAUCACUGUGGCUGGGAGUGCUCCUAAAUAUCCUCCUAGGCAUGCUGGAGUUGGGAAAAUACUUUGGUUCUAUCACAGCAAGUUGUAUCACUGCCUUGGGAACACUCACAAGGACUUAGGAGCUUUCAUAAAUCUCUGUGCUGGGUUUAUCAAAGUUUCUAAGCCCAGCCCUUGUGAGUGCUCCCAAGGCCUUAGGAACUUGCAUAAAUCUCUGUGUUAUGGCCUGGGUGUAUCAAAGCUCCUAAGCCCAGCUCUUGUGAGUGUUCCCAAGGCCUUAGGAACUUGCAUAAAUCUCUGUGUUAUGGCCUGGGUGUAUCAAAGCUCCUAAGCCCAGCCCUUGUGAGUGUUCCCCAGGCCUGAGAUGUACUCGUAAACACACUAGAAAUCUUGAAACUUUGUGAGAAAAACCUUAAAAGUAUCUCCCAACUGUGCUCUACGCCACCAUGCCUAGGAGGAUACUUAGGAGUACUCACUAACACACUAGAAAUCCUGAAACUUUGUGAGAAAAACCCCUAAAAGUAUCUCCCAUCUGUGCUCUACGCCACCAUGCCUAGGGGGAUACUUAGGAGCACUCGCAGCCGCUAUGAUAUCCUGCUCCCUUGGGCUAUAAAACUGACCCUAUGUAGCUCCUAGGUCCUGUAAACUGUAGUGGCAUUCAGUGUAUUGUUUGUAGGGAUGAUGUUACCAACGUAGAACACCUGUCAAUAAUGUGAUGCCUCCUGUGUGCUGAUGUAGUCAACUCUAGAAUUACGUCAAUGUGAUACUAGACGAUUUUAACGCAAGGGUGGAGCGUGAUGUGAACUAUUGGUCGCCCGGAAAACUCCUGUGGGUGUUGCUGCGCGCCCAGUGAUGGAGUGUUGCUGUACCUUACCUUACCUUGAUGUUACCUUAUGAUGUUACCUUACCCUACCAUACCUUAGCUUGCCUUGAAAACCUCACCUUACCUUGAUUUGGCUUUCCUUACUUUAUCUAACUUAACCUAACCUUACCUAACCCUACCUAACCUUACCUAACCUUACCUAACCUAACCUAACCAAACCUAACCUUACCUAACCUUACCUUACCUUACCUAACCUUACCUAACCUUACCAUACCUUACCUUACCCAACCUUGCCCAAUCUUACCUAACCUUACCUAACUUAACCAUACCAAACCUAACCUAACCUUCCUUACCUAACCUAACCGAACCUUACCUAACCUUACCAUACCUAACCUAACCUUACCUUCCCUAACCUUCCCUUCCCUUCCCUUACCUUAAAAAGUGCUAAUUAUCUGUACCACACCUUCAAUAUAUGUCUUUCUCUUCCCCGUCAAGUUUAAGUUCGAGCUCUUGCACUCACUUAGCACCAACACACAUGAACACUGGCAGCAGCUUGUCUUCCUUAGCUCCAUUACUCUUGCUCUUGUUUCAUGCUUGAGUUCGCGCCUUGGUUGUCUUGUGGUCGGGUUAUAUAAGGAGUAGAUAGAAGCUAGUCACAUGCACUCAUUUUGUAAGGCAUUGGUGUGUCGGUAUCAUGUGUAGAGGUGUGUGGGGGUGCGAUGAGACCACAUGUAAGACUGAAGAUGACUUGGAGACUGUACGAGGAGAUAUUUACAUAGAUAUUCAGACCACACAACACCCCAUGUCACCUCUUAACCCCUUGACUGUGGAUUCCCUACAAGAAGACAUCACCAAGCUACAGGAAUGGAGCAAAAAGUGGCUGCUACAGUUCACUGAAGAAAAAUGUAAAGUCCUGCACCUUGGGAGGGGAUAUCCAGCACACCAAUACCACAUGUGAAACACUCCACUAUCCACCACAGAGGCAGAGAAAGACCUGGGACUGUAUGUUACCAGGCUACCCAAUACCACUCCACUAUCCACCACAGAGGCAGAGAAAGACAUGGGAGUGUAUGUUACCAGGCUACCAGUGAAGGCAAAAUCCAUGCUGCAAAAAUAUAUGGAAGGAAAAACAGAAAUUGGAGGAGGAGAAGGAGUAAGGAGUGCCAGAAGAUAGGUCAAUUUUGAAUACCUACACACCAUUGCCUUACAGUUCCUUAGAUUGACUUGUAUCAGUUCUCUCACACGACUUAUGACUUUAACGUUAACAAAAUCAUUGGUCUUGCAUCUACCACUAAUACUUGUUUUUGCGCUCACGUCAAACAAGGACAUAGUGGCUUACAGUGUCCUAGGUCAUCAGUUCUCUCAGUUCUUCCACCUCUCACGACUAAUGACUUUAACGUAAACAAAAUCAUUGGUCUUGCAUCCGCCUCUGUUACCUGUUUUUCCACUCACGUCAAACAAGGACAUAGUGGCUUACAGUUUCCUAGGUCAUCAGUUCUGUCAGUUCUUCCACCUCACACGACUAAUGACUUUUUAACGUAAACAAAAUCAUUGGUCUUGCAUCCGCCACCGUCACUUGCUUUCGCCACCCACGCCACGCCAUCCACCGACUCAGAACACAGCAGGACGUAACACAGGAUUAUCAUAACUGUUUUCUGUUGUAGCCAAGGAUGGAAAAAAGAAGUUCCGCUCGUAUUGAAAUCUAUGGCCUUAAAUCACGACUGGCUUCCAGCGUAAUAUUAUGAAGCGAAAAACGAAAAAAAAAACUAAUUCCCUGUACAUAUAGCGA